GGUGGUCACAAUAUAGGAACAGAACAUGUUUGGGGCACGCAUACCAGACAGUUAAAGAUAUUGUGAUGUCUUUUUAACAAGAGAUUGAACAACUAUGGAUCCUCAUUCUAGUGCCCAGGAUGUACACCGAUGUGACCUUUGUGAGACUGCCAUAGUACACAGCUACUGUGACGUUUGUCAUGUCAACCUCUGCAAGCCCUGCAUUGGAGAUCACAUCUCAGAUGGAUAUGACAAACAUAAAAUAGUUCCUUUUAAGGAACGAAGAUCAACCCUCAUCUAUCCUAAAUGUGGAACACACCCACACAAAAAUUGUGAAUUUCAGUGCAAGGAUUGCAACAACAUUUUUGUAUGUUCUUCCUGCAUGGCAUCUGAACAACAUGGAAGACAUAAAUUUGUAGAAGUUGCAGAAAUUUUCAAGACAAAGAAAGAUGAUAUUAAAAAAGAUGCAAAAGAGUUAGAAAAUCUUAUUUUCCCUACGUAUGAAGAAAUUGAACGUGACUUGGAAAAUCAGCUUGCCAACCUGGAUGGAGGAUAUGAGAAAAUUACAACAACAAUGUCCAAACAAGGAGAGCAAUGGCACAGAGAAAUCGACAUUGUCAUCAACAAAAUGAAAACCGAAAUAGGCGAGAUAAAAGUGAAACAUAAAGACAUUCUUCAGAAACAUUUGGAUGAAAUCAAACAGAUACAGUCCCUAAUAAAACAAACUUUACAAGCCAUUAGGAAAAUUGAGAAAUCCACAGAAGUAUCUUCAACCAUUGAAUACAGCUCUAAGAUCAGAGAGUUCAGCAAGCUUCCACCCAAAAUUAAGGUUACACUGCCAACAUUCAUUCCAAAACCGAUAGACCGUGAGAAGCUGUAUAGUUUGUUUGGACAGAUCACCCCAUUAUCUACUGCUACAGAAGAAAAUGUCUUGUCACUGAACCAACCUACCACUUCAGUUAGAGAACUACUGAAUGAACCCGAACUUGUUGCCACAAUACAGACUGAGCAUGAAAAACUACGUAGUGUAACAUGUCUGAAUGAUGAUAAGAUAUGGACGAGUGGAAAGACCAAUGAUAUCAAAUGCUUCAACAGUAAAGGUUCACUCCUCCAGACAAUCCAGAAACAAUCAGGUAAAUUCCCUUGUGAUAUAGCUGUAGACAGUGAUGGGGAUCUACUGUAUAUUUGUGGGGUAACAAGGACAGUGUAUAAAGUAAAGAAUGGACAGACAGAAGAGUUGAUCAGAUUACAGGGAUGGAAGCCUGGUAAUCUGUGUGUCACCUCUACUGGUGAUCUCCUGGUUACCAUGUACAGUAAUGAUGCAACUCAAUCCAAAGUUGUCCGUUACUUGGGAUCUACAGAGAAACAAUCAAUUCAAUUUGAUGAUAAAGGUAAACCUCUGUACUCAGGAAAUGCUUAUACUAAAUACAUCACUGAGAACAGAAACCAUGACAUCUGUGUAGCUGACUGUGUGGCUGGUGCAGUAGUAGUGGUUAAUCAGGACGGGAAACUCAGAUGGAGGUACACCGGCCAUCCCUCAGUUACCAAGAACAAACCAUUUAAACCUGAUGGUAUCACAACAGACAGCCAGAGUCAUAUCCUGACAGCAGACUGUGACAACCAUUGUAUCCACAUUCUGGAUCAGAAUGGACAGUUUCUCCGUUACAUUGAUAACUGUGAUCUGGAGGAUCCUUUUGGUUUAUGUGUGGACAAUAAUGACAAUCUGUUUGUGUGUGAGGCCAGGAAAGGCAAUGUAAAGAAAAUCAAAUAUCUAAAGUAGACAUCACCAAUUGUAAAAAUGUGAUGUAAAUAAAACAAUAGUGGCUAUUUCUGUGUCUAUUGAAUUUCAAUGUUAGCGUAUACCAUAAAAUAUAUUAAAACUAUAGUACUUAACUUUCCUUAUACAGAUGAAUUUAUAAAUUUUAUUCAUUUAUACCAUUAAUAAAUUUAUUUUCCAUAAAAAAUAACUCUUGCUCUUCUGUUUGAAGAAGGUGGAAUUUGAGUAUUGUUUACAUGUUAUAUACA